AUGGCCGACAAGAAGGCCGCAGCGGCGUCCGGCGCUGAUCCAACUGGUGACGCUGCUCGGCGACGUAAUGUACCUGGAUAUACCAUUCCAGGAGCUCUGGCGCAAAGGCCGGAGCUUGACGAGAAGUUUCAUGGAAAGAAGAAGGAAGCUUCGGUGCUCGAUAUACUUGACCAAUGGGAAUUUAUCAUUGCACCCCUAAUUUUUACAGCAUUCGCUGCCUUCACACGUCUAUGGAAAAUUGGCCUCAGUCCAAUUGUUACAUGGGAUGAAGCUCACUUCGGAAAAUUCGGAUCGCACUACAUAAAACGUGAACUAUUCUUCGAUGUGCACCCACCUCUUGGUAAAAUCCUUGUUGGCCUCUCCGGGGUCAUGGCCGGUUACAAUGGAUCAUUCGAGUUCAAGUCUGGCGAGACCUAUCCCGAGGAAUUAGACUACACCUUCAUGCGAGCUUUCAAUGCCUUUUGGGGUAUACUAUGUGUGCCAUUGGCGUACUACACUGCGAGGGAGCUUAACUUGAAGCGUCCUGCUGUCUGGCUAGUAACACUCAUGGUUUUGUGUGAAAAUUCGUACACGACAAUCAGCCGAUUUAUCCUGCUGGAUUCCAUGCUCUUGUUUGGUACAGUUGCAACUGUCUUUUGCUGGUCUAAGUUUCACCGCCAGCAAAAGUCGAGCUUCGAACCUGAGUGGUUCUUUUGGCUGUUCAUGACCGGUCUAAGCUUGGGAUUUGUUUGCAGUAUCAAGCUUGUUGGACUUUUCGUCACCGCUCUCGUCGGUAUAUACACAAUCGAAGACCUCUGGCACAAGUUUGGCAACCUCAAGAUGCCGAUCCCGGUGCUUGCUGGUCAUGUCGGCGCUCGAGUCGUCGGUCUAAUUGUCAUACCAUUCUUGGUCUAUAUGUUCGCUUUUGCGCUUCAUUUUGCAAUCUUGAUCAAGAGUGGCCCCGGAGAUGCGCAAAUGAGUUCUCUAUUCCAAGCGAACUUGGAAGGUAGUGAAAUCGGACGAAACUCUCCUCUGGAGGUCGCUUUUGGCUCCAAGGUUACCCUCAAGAACAUGGGCUACGGUGGCGGUCUGCUUCACAGCCACGUUCAAUCCUACCCCGAGGGUUCGACUCAGCAGCAAGUUACUUGCUACCACCAUAAGGAUUCCAACAACGAAUGGUGGUUCUACCCCAACCGUGCUGAACCUGACUUUGUCCCUGAAGAAGAGCCUCGAUUCGUUGGAGAUGGUGAUGUUAUUCGCCUAAUUCAUUCGCAGACGGGUCGAAAUCUGCACAGUCACGAUAUCGCAGCCCCCGUUACUAAGUCCCACAAGGAAGUUUCUUGUUACGGCAAUCUUACCGUUGGCGACGAUAAGGACCACUGGAAAAUCGAGGUUGUUAGGGAUGUGGCCUCUCGUGAUAGGUCUAGGGUACGGACUUUGACAACUGCUUUCAGGCUGAGAAACCCGGUGAUGGGCUGUUAUUUACGGGCAGCCAACGUCAACCUUCCACAAUGGGGAUUCAAGCAAAUCGAGGUGACUUGCGACAAGAGCAACAACCCCCGUGAUACCUUCACCCACUGGAACAUCGAGUCUCACGUCAACGACCAGCUCCCCCCCGGAGACCCUGGCAAGUAUAAGUCGCCAUUCUUCCACGAUUUCAUUCAUCUGAAUGUGGCCAUGAUGACAUCUAACAAUGCUCUGGUCCCUGACCCUGAUAAGCAAGAUGACCUCGCUUCCCAGUGGUGGCAGUGGCCUAUUCUAAAUGUUGGUCUGCGAAUGUGCGGUUGGGAUGACAAGAUUGUCAAAUACUUCCUCCUCGGCAACCCCUUCGUCUAUUGGGCUUCGACCGCUUCCCUAGGCGCCGUCGGUCUUAUCACUGUUUGGUAUAUUCUCCGAUGGCGACGAGGAUUCUACGACUUAUCACAGGAAGACAUUGAUCAAAUCCACUACUCUGGGCUUUAUCCAAUCCUGGGCUGGUUCCUACACUACCUUCCCUUCGCCAUCAUGGCCCGAGUGACCUAUGUUCAUCAUUACUAUCCCGCCUUGUACUUCGCAAUCCUAACCCUCGGUUUCUUGGCCGACUGGGUGCUGAAGGAUCAAAAGAAGGCAGUCCAAUACAGCAUCUACGGCUUCUUGUACACCACUAUCAUUGGACUCUACAUCUUCUUUUUGCCCAUCUGCUGGGGCAUGACAGGUAGCAACGAGCAAUAUAGCUACAUGAAGUGGUUCGACAACUGGCGUAUUUCUAACUAG